ACUAUGUGCGUAUAAUGCUGCUGUGUUUUAUUUCUUUCACUUUAUAACUGACACUUUCUUCUUCAAGAUAUCAAUACUUUUCUACUUACCUUCCUGUCUCUCUACCUACCUAUCCAUUUAUCUAUCUAUCUUCAAACUUUUCUGUUUCAUUUAUUUGCUUAUUUAUCUGAGAACUUCUUUUUCUCUAUCCCUCCCUUUUUCUUUUUAAUCCACCCUCUUUCUCUCUUUCUCUCUUUCUCUCUCUCCGUCUCUCCGUCAAUUUCUCUCAAUGUCUCUUACUGCAUUAAUCCGUUUUACAAACGUUGUCGUACCUUAAUUACCACAUCUGAGGAAAUCAAUCAUAAUCACAGGAAGUAGCAAAAACCUUAUAUGGUCUAUUCUUACAAAAUUUAGAUAAAUUUCCGAAUCUCCUUCAAUCAUGAGCCUCAAGUGAAAAGUGCGUUGACGUCACAAAUACAACGCCCCAUGCUAGGUCUAGCGUGUUUUCCGGUAAUAUUACAAACAUGACAGCGUUCGCCGCACACCGCGGACCAUCUCCCGAGGCGAUAUUUUGAAAAAAAAAAAUUAAAUAUAUAAAUAUAAAUAAAGAAAUAAAAACAGAUAUUUCAUAGGACGGCUAUUAACAAGAGAUGAAGUUGAUUGUAUUCGAAACUGUUCUUUUCGGAGUCUUGCUUCGCUUACUACCAGUAAUGUCUCUGAUAUGCCCUGUUAAUAUCGGAUCGACUCUUCCUCCGUUAACACGCAUAGCAGAUGUGAUUUGCGAGGGCACAAUCAAGAAAGCCCCGUCAAACGUGAAAGUGAAUAGCUUGAAUGUUAACUCUUACGGAACCGGCCAGGACAAUAUUACCAUCACCGUAAGGAGAGUACUUAAAGGCAAGAAAAAAGUGACAUCCAGGUCGGAAUUAUUAGUAAAUCUACCAAAAUCAAAUCAACAGGACGCCUGUAUAUAUACACUUAGGAAAGGUGAUAAACGCCUGUUUUUUUUGAUAGCUUACAAAGACACAUAUUAUACCAUGAUAACACCACCGAUCGAUUCUACGAAAAUACACAACCGUAAACUUAGAAGGAUAAUAAGCAAUUCAGAUAAAGCAUCAAAUACUAAAAGAAUAAAAAAAGUUGUUAAAGGUACAAAAGUAAAGUUAGUAUGUACAUCACCAAUUGAAAAUGAAAAUGCCAAAUUCCGAUGGUUGAGGAAUGGAACACUUAUACGAAAUUCAAGAGAUAUAAGCAAGAGAAAAAAAAAGUUCAAAAAAAAAAAAACUAAAAAAGUUUAUCAAAGAUCAACUCUUCGGAUAAGGAAAGUUACAUCAGCGCACACUGGAACUUACACAUGUGCUAUCGACAUAAGAGGAAAAAAAUAUUUAAAGGAUUUUUUUUUAAUUGUUACACAACCAUCAGAAAAACAGUGUGAAGACCAACAUUAUUGUCUAAACAAAGGUGAAUGCUGGUACCGGUUACCUCCCUUAGAUGAGAAAUAUUGCAAGUGCCACAUAGACUACACUGGGGAACGCUGUGAAACUAUGCUUGGGGACACAGUUCAAGAUGUAAGAGGACAAUGCCACUACCUUACAAGUGCUGUCAUAGCUAUAGGAACUUUGCUGGCAAUUUUUACUUUAAUACUGUCCAUUGCCUUGAUAUAUUUUCUGUGCAAAUGCUUCAAAAAUAAUCGAAGGAAAAGCAACUUGCCAUCUGAAUAUGGUAGUUUUAUUCAGGCCAGUUCCAAGGGGGAGACAUACUGUCAUAUUCCUUCUGAUGACUUUACCCAACCUGAUCUAUAUUUAUCAUCAUUGGUACGGAUAAAUUUGAUAUUGUUUGCCUCACAUGUUGUCGGUAUAAAACCUUUCCUACAUAGAGGAAGGAAAACAACUGAUGAAUGUUAUACGAAUAAUAUCCAAGAGAGUACAUUCAGUGAGGUACCGUCAGUGAGCUACAAUGAAAGAUGCAUUCCAAAUGGGAAUACCAAACUUAUGCAGAGCUUCUCAUCUAACAAGUUGCCAAAAGAAAGAGUAAAUGACACUCAGAAUGGUGUAUUAAAGCUUCCUAAACGGCACCGUUUAUCUGCUGUGUCUUCUGCUACUCAGCUUACAGAUAAAGAAACUCUUUCCAAUGGUCUAGAUAUUGCUUUACCUGAAACUCAAGUGAUAUAUGCUGAACCAAACCACAGUCAACCAAAUCUUCCUGUUGAAGGAUGUAACCAUAAUUUGAAUAAGAAUUUGCCUUGUGAUAGUCAUUUGAAAUGUGAUGGGCCUCUUGAAACUGACACUUUUAAUAAUGAUGAGCAUUCUUCAACUUCAAUGCUCUCAAGUUCCAACCAUUCUUCCAGUGACAGUGAGGAUAGCUAUAAUAUUAAGCUCCACAUAAGUGAAGAAGAUUUGAUUGUAAAAGAUCCUGCUGAGCAAAAGCCUUCUUCUUCUGGUAAAAUCAGCCCAAAGGUAAUGUAUUCUCACAGCAAGGUUCCUAAACCAGACCACUACUCUAUACCUGUCUCUGAGAGACAAAUAGAAAAUCCACUCCCUAAUAAAUCUAGCACCCAAAAUGGACAAGCAUUAAUCCCUGCUGUUGGCAAAUCUGCUUCACAAUUGCUAAUAAAUGGAUUUCAGACAUCUGUUGAUAGUUGUGGUGGUGAAGUUACCCGUGAUAAGAGCUUACCGAAUUUUGCAUUUUAAAAUAAUUCUUUUCAUUACACAAUGUCAGUUAUAGCUAUUCAUUCUAGGAGCAAAAACUAUCUGAGGAACAAUAAUGGAUAAAAAAAAAAAAAAAAAAAAAAAAAAAAGAAAGAAGCAGGAACCUCAUGAAAUAAUCAACCAUUGCAGAAGUUACUGAAAACAAUUUCAAAAGUUCAGUCUUCCAAACUAAGUUAAUCUAAAAUGUAUAAUAUAUAUAUACAUAUAUAUAUAUAUAAAAGUUUGAAUAUCAAUCCAACAACAAAACAAAACUUCAUUUCUUGACUGAUCACUUUUUAACCAUUGGGCUUUCUACAUAAUUGGUUUCUAUGGUUUCAUAACUCAAAAAUACAAAAACAAUCAGUAUCUGCAUCAAGCAUUAGUUUCAACGAUAUUAUGUAACAAAAUUUAUUUAUGCCAUGCACAGUGUUAAAAUCAUUUCAUAUAUAUAUAUAUAUAUAUAUAUCUAUAUAUAUAUAUAUAUAUAUAUAUAUGUAAUAUGAGUAGAUAGAUGUAUAUACCAAGAUUAUAUAAUCCAACAUAUUAAAAAUAAUACCUUAGCUAGGAAUUACAGGAAUAAAGACAACUGAUAUCUUAAAGGAUAAAAAGUAUUGGCAGAAUAUUGAUUGUAAAAUUACACAAUACAUUAUGAAAAACAUUAUGUAUAUGUGAGUGUAAAUAUGUAAAUGGGGGGAAGUUACAUGAGUAUGCAACCAUGCCAAAUAUUACCAUAAAAUAUCAGAAAAUAUGAUGAACAAAACAAAGGUGAGCACUAUAGUGCACAGGUAAGCUCUCGGCAAGCCAAGUCCACAAAACUCUGUUUCAGAUGUAAAAUGAAACCCUUUCAUUUUACUUUAUAUCACUUAUACACUUGGAAAGAGGCAUGAAAUUCAAAUUCCCAUUUCCCCUUCCCUAUAAAUAUAGGGCAUUGUACUUAGUCAAAAUGUUAUAAAAUGAAGUUGAAAGUCAACAUGUUUAGUAUAAAGAGUAUUUUCUUCUCAAAUUUUUUUUUUUUUUGCUCUAAUUCCUUAAAGACAGUCUUUAUAAUGUCAGCAUUGUUCAAAAUAAUUCUGCUGAUAUCGAAACCAGAAUACAAUACUACUACCACUACUACUACUACUACUACUACUAUAAUAAGUAUGAAUGUAAAAAAAAUAUUCAAAAUUCAUAUAACACAGUAUUUGAAAAUUUCUACAGACCUAAGUUCAUGAAAGGUGUAUAAAUUAAUCUGCAAGAAUUAUUUCAAAAACUGGUUGCUAUAUAUUACCAAAAGUAGAAAUUUAAUUAUUAAAACAGAGAGAGUCUGACAUUUGUUUUACAUAAUUAGAAAAUAGAUGUUAUAUAAUGGAAACUAAAUUACCUAAUAUGUAAGCUUUUAAGUGCAUCAACCAUUUUUUUUCUAGAAUUCAUCUGUGUAAAUUGCUUCAUGUACUAAGAGUCCCGUUCAUAUUUUAUAGGAAUUUGAUAAACAUAUUGCAAAAAAUAAAUAAAGAAUAGAAUAAAUGUACUUAAAAAUUUGUUUUCAAAUUCAGUAGAUGGCAGUAAUAAAAUUGCAUACUAAAACCCACCCCCAAAGCAAUUUAGCAUUAAGUUUACGAUACAACAAAAUUUAUAUAAAAUAACUUUUAGAACCUGCCCUAUAUCCCAGCUAUGUUGAAAGUUGUAAGUAAAAUAUCUAAAUAAUCAUAAUUUUCUAUGAAAAGGUAAAAAAAAAAAAUACAAAAAAAAAACAAACUAUUAUUAUUUACCUGGAUUAUAUGCGAUGUGAUAUGUAAUUAAUAAUUAAUAAAACAUUUUGAAAGAUACCUUAAGUUGUAUUGCAAGAUAUUUUACAGAGUAUGUUUUGAAUAAUAUUAUAUUGGCAAACCAAACAGUAAAAUGUACAAAUUUAAAAAAUGAUAUUAGAUUUUAAAAAAUAAGAGAAUAAUAAAAGAAAAUAAAAGGUAUUCUAAAACAGAAUUGACAUUUAAAAAUCCUAUUUGUUAUGAUUUAAAAAAUAUUUCAAUAUGUAUAGUAUGAGUGAUUGCAAAAUUUGACAAAGUGUUUAGAAAUGCUAAUCCAGUACCAUCUUAACAGAAAGCACUUAAUUUUUGCCUAUAUUGGUUUACUGUCAUCUUACAGUGAUAAGCAACUGAUCAGUCAUGUUCUUUCUUUAUAAUUUAUGUAACAAAACUAGAUUCAAAAGAGACAGUUCCAGUCACUUGUCAUGCUAAAAUUAGCAGUCAAAUCACACCCUUUUACAUUUUAGAAAAUUAAGAACAUACUAGAUAAUAUAGUCCUAAGUAUAAAUAUCAAGAAAAAGAAGUUUCUGUAAUGGCCAGAAUUCCUUUGAUCAAAAAUAUGUUUAAUCAAGAUUGAUCUAGGAUUAAACAACAAUUUUAUCUCAUUUAUGAUGUGGAGUGGGAUUAAUUCUGUUACUGUUUACUAAUAUGCAUUAAAAAAAGUGCUUUACUCUGAUUAUUAUCUCUGAUAUUAUUGUACAAAUUAAAAUGGUUCAUAAAAAUAAAAAACAAAACAGUUAGAUAUAUUGCUGAAAUUUUUCACAUUUUCUAAAAUUAAAAGUUAUCAACUGUUAAUAAAUAUCAUGUAAUUUUCCUUUCAUUAACUGUUUUCUCAAAGAAUUUGCUUUGCUAAGCAAAAUUCAAAAGAUAGAUUUUAUAAGCAAGACUAAAAUUAAAUCCUCUUUUUAACUACUAAAGUUAAAAACAAAUUUUGAAGUUAAUUUUCAAAAUGGUUUCUCACCUCACUAAUAGAAUUUUGAUUUUUCCCUCACUAACAGAAUUUUAUCCAUUAGAUCCUACAGAUUUCAAAUGUUUUUCCUGCGCUUAAUUUUAAAAUUAAACUUUGCCUAGGUUCCAUAAUGUUCUAUCAUUUCAUUAAACUUCCAGAUUACAGGGAAAUGAUUAAAUUAACAUUGUUAGCAACAUACAUGUGCUACCCUCUGUAGUUAACAGUGUCUUUGUUUUUAUUAUAUUGCGAUGAUGAUGAUCAUCAUUGGCUAAAUUAAUACAUUUGAUAAAUUGUAAUUCAUAAAAAAAAUGUACACACUAUGUGAUUGUUUGAAUGUACAUGUGUGAAGGCACGUGGCUUAGUGGGUAAGAUGCUGCACUCUUGAUUGUAAGAUUGUGAUUUCAAUUCCCAGACUGGGCAGUGCAUUGUAUUCCUGAGCAAAACACUUCUUUCAAUAUUGCUCCAGUCCACUCAGUUAUUAGAAACCCUGUGACAAAGUGACAUUCAAUUUGAUUGGUGGGGAGAAUGUUGUGUAACUGACCCUAUAAGUCACUGGAAUCAAUGCAAUGCUUACUUUUUCAUAAGAGUGCCUGAAAGAGAGAGAGAGAGAGUGCUACAAAUAUUAUUCUUUUAUAUAGGAAUCAAAGUAUGAAGAAAAUAAAAGAAAUUAGGCGAGUUUUACUAUGAGGCUUACCACAUGAGAAUGACUGGGGCCAGUAAAGGCAAAUAAUCACCUGGAGAAUGUGUAUUGUGAAAGUAUGGCAUUUAAACUGAAAGAUAUGAAUCGAAAAGCAACUGAGCAGCAUCAGUGCAGUUUUGAGUAAUGUAGGAAAGAUGCUAGUAUAGAGAUGAAUUACAAUUUAUACAUCAUGUGAAAAUAUAUUGCAAGUUAGUGAUAGGGAUAAAUAGACAUAAAAUAGUGAGUCAUAUAAAAAUUAGAAUUUCAGGAUGAUGAAUAGGGGUAAUAUCAGGAAUAAUGAGAUGAAGUCAGACUGUAGUACAGACAUUCUAUACAAACAUUUCAAAAGAGGAUGUUUUUUUUAUUGCUCUAAAGAAGCAACUAAUAUGAAAGACAAGUCAACAAGUAAGCCUCUAUGUUGUUGGUUAGUCUCCUAGAAAUAGCAACCAAAUUGCCUUAAACUUACAGUCUACCAUCUUUAAAAAGGAAAGGUCAUACUGAAUGAUGUAGCUCUAGAUACCCUCAAAAACAGGAUGGUCAUGACUGGAAUGUCAUUGAUCAUAUGUCUCUGUCAGGUUUGACUGGACUAACCAACAUUCCAGAUAGAUGAUUUAGAUAUCAGGUAGAAGAGAUAUAGAGAAACAGUACUUUCUGUGGCUCACUUGUGAGCAGUUUGGUGAGUAAAUCUCUGCCACUCAGCUAGACAGCUUUUAUUAGGAGGAGGUGCAGUGUAAAUGCUUGCGUGUGUGUGUGGAGCACUACCAUCUGAGAUAGGAUGUAUAUCUAAAUUUGACAGUUUACAUAAAAGGGGUAAAAAAUACAAUGUCCCAUCCAAAAAUAAAAAGUAUUAAAAAAAAAAAAUAUUAACUAGAUUAUGGCUGGGAGAUAACAGUUUACUCAAAGUAGAUGCUCUCAGCUUCCACCACAGUCUCGAAAGCCCUUGCUUGUGUCUCUGGGAAGAUCUUUGAAUACCUCCUUGAUCUUGGGCACUAACUUGGGCUUGGUGGUGCAGGUAGAGUGGUUGGUGUCUUUCUCAACUGCACCCCACACAUAGCAAUCCAUGAAAUUACAAUCAGGACAAUUAGGAAGCCAGAAACCGGGGUUGACAAAGUCAUAGAAAUUCUCUGACACCCACUUCUGACAUUUUCUGGAGAUAUGGCAAGGAGCUGAAUCCUGCUGCCAUGCACAUAACCUUCCAGCAGCAACCUUCUCCAGCCAGGGUUUGACCAAUUUCCAGCAGCUUUCCAGAACCUAAGGCUCUGUUCAUCAGUUGCUGGAUGAACACCAAUGUGUGGACACACUCAGAAUGUCUGCUUCUUCCCUUCUUUCUAACCACAGCCUCAUUGUCUCUAUUGAAGCUGUCCAUGUCUUCAUAGUAUUCACAGGGCACUGAGCAGCAGUCACGAUGUCAGUGCAAAUCAUCAUGAUACAGGUAACUCUUUUCCAGUAUUCUGAUGGCUUCCAAUCCUCCACAUCAGCUAACUUUUUCUUAACUACAAGUAUGGCAAUGCUAUGAGCAACAUCUAAGACUGUUAGACUUUGCAACUGAAGCAAGUUUUAGCUGAGUAUUUUCCAUACAUAGAUAUGAAGGUAGAAUGUCCAAUAGCCAUAUAUAGAUAAAAUAAUGAUUAUCUAAAGCCCAUUGAUAAAAAAUGUUAUAGUUAAUUGGAGAGCUGAAAUUCAUUCUAAUCUCACUCAACAGUUUUUAUUGUUUGAUCAAAUUCCAGAAAACUCUGCCUCACCUAGUUUUUGUAUUACACUAGUAGUAAUAUUCUAUACAUGAACAUUUGAAAAAUCCUUUUUAAAGAUUUGUGUCAAUCUUUAAUCAAUAUGAAAUAUUUUAAAGAAAUAUUUUGAAAUUAGAAGAAGGAAAAAAAAAAAGACAUAUUACUAUGUCUUAAAAUUUUAAGUCUUAUUUGAUUACCAUUUUAGCCAUUUAGUAAUUAUUUCAAAUAGACUAAGAAAUGAACAUUUUCCUUUGCUCUCAUAGGUAAGGAAACUUCUGCAGCAAAUAUGCCAAGGAAGCCUCUAUUUGAGUUUUUUAACCAAAUAUUACCCAUAGUGCUGAGAACAAAUAGUCUAAUUUAUGAUUCCUGAGAUGUUCAUAAUACAUAUUUAAAGGUAAAACAGAUGUUUAGUUAAACAAUCAGUUUUGAUCAGACACACUUCAGUGGCAAAAUGCUGAUCAAAAGUGUACUUAAUAAAAGUUGACUUUUAUCUCAUUUUGCAAUUGAAAAAUCCUAGUAAUAUAUAAAAUGAACAAAAUCUCGAUACUUCAAUGUGUUGAAUUUUCUGAGUCACCAGCUUGUACACAUACAGCUAAAUACUUUCAUAGCAUAUGUUUGUUCUAUGGUAACAAACCAGAACUAAAUGACGAUAACAGCCAUUAGCCUAGUAGAAAAAAAUAUAAGUCAUAUUUUAGAAAUAAAAGUAUACUCGUCUGAUGGAAAUGUAAUGUAGAUAUGAAUACUGUAAAUAUUAAUGAGUUUGUAAAAUUUUCUAAAUAAUCAUCAAAACUUAUAAUUCUUCUAAAUAAUACUUUUCUCUUCUCAGCCUCUCUAAAUAAUCAAAUAUUGAGCAUACCAGAGCAGUUCAUACCCACAGAGGUUAAGAAGCACAUCACUGUACUUCAUUGCAUUGGUUUCUGUUUAGUUUGACAAUGAUGUCUGUAUUAAGAUUAAAAAAGAAAUAUUUAAUGUAAAGGGAUUAAAUGAAUGUAAGAAUUUAAAAAAAAUAAUAAUAAAUAAAUAAAAGAAAGAAAUCCCAGUUUACAAACUCCAAAGAGUAGCAAAGGAUAUUAAAAAACAUGUCCUAUUCUGCUUCUGCUCCAGAGUAACCAGAUGAAAGUAUACAAUUAGACUUGACUUGUAUAUUGUCAUCCAGAGCUGUUUUAACACAAUAAAGUUAGCACUAGAUUUAGGAAAAUAGGAUGGUAACUGAAGUUUAGCGUCAGUUAUUAUGUAUAGUUUUGUUUUUCUGAGGACAGGUUUCAACCAAAAAAUAUUGGUGAGUUAUGAUCUUUCAAUACUUUGAUCGUGGAUUGACAUAAUAUGAAAAAACUGCUCAUACUGUAGGCUACCCUUCCUUCUACCAACCAAGCUGACAGAGUUUAACUGUAGCAGUUAUGAACCAGAAUAACUAAAUUAAAAUACUGCACUGAUUACAGUAUAAAAUACAAUUUGAAGUGUCCAACAGGUCAAAUAAAUCUGGUAACUUUCAUCUCCUGAUUAUCGGUUUCUUUUUUCUUCUUUUUUUUUAUGUUCUUAUCAGAAUGCUUUCGAGAAUCCAGUCUUUUCUAGCAGGUGUUUGUUUUUGUCAUGACUGCAGAAUUUCAAGGCUCUGAAAAUUGAUUAAUAUUUUGAUACAAGAUCUUAUUUAUAUUGAUGUAAAAAAUUUAAACAGAAAAACUUCAAAUAAAUUAUUUAUAUUUAUUAAGUAUACAAUUUGUGAAGCCAAGUCUCUAAAGUUAUCGGAGAAAUUUCCACUGAAAUCAGAAAGACAGGUUUAAAAUUAGAAUUGUAGUAACACGUUUGGUUAAGUCUCUUGAAUCGACUUUGCUUUUCAUUCUUCCAAGCUCAACAAAAUAAGCACCAGUCAAGUACUGGAGUUGAUAUAAUCAACUACACUCUCUCCCCCAACAGAUAUGGCCUUGUGCCAGUCUUACAAAUAAAUAUUUAUAUUUCUUUGUAUUUGUAUUUACAUGUAAAUAAUUAAUAUAUAUAUAUAGAUAUCAUAUGCUUAGAAAUGCAUUAUUGUUCAUACAGUGUCAUCAUUCCACAUAUUGUCAUUUCAUUACUCAUCCUAUAUACUGUCAAACAGUAACAGUGUUUGCCUCAAAAUGUGCAAAUGAACACAAGCCUCAGAAGAAAACUACUGCAUGAAGACAAAUGGAUUUUAAAUGUAUGUGUGUGUUCACAUAUAUAUAAGUAUAUAUAUUCACAUACACUCACACACUGCAAUGGUUACAAAUUUUUUAGUUAGAAUUUUGAUUUGACGAAGGCUAAAUGGCAUUUAUUGUGCCUUAAUGCUUAUGCUUGAAUUCAAUUAAUGUUCUGUAAAGAAAUCUAUUAAAAUGUUGAAGAACCCAGAAACAAAGUCAUCCAACUAUUGACUGUAAUGUAUUUAGUUAGUUGUUGGAAUAUGCAUUGUAUUUUUAUAUGUUAAUUAUUAAAUGAAAGUAAUUUCUUCUUAA